AUGCCACCUGCACCAGCCGCGCCGAGCGUUCGCACGUUUGUCGUCCGCAAACCUCCCACUUUACGCGCUCUGCCCAAUGGGACACGUGGACGCGCACCUGGGAUGAAACUCGAUCAACGCCCGACCCCAGCAAAACGCGGUGGCCGGAUGAGCUAG